AUGACGUCCACGGACACAUACCAGUUGAAAUGGCAUUCGCACAGUUCACAUCUGAACGGCUCCGUAGCGGCUUUGCUUCGCUCGGAGCGGUUCACGGAUGUGGUACUGUGUACCCUGGACGGGUCGCAGAUACCGGCUCACAAGUUUAUCCUGAGCUCGUGUAGCGUGUAUCUGAGCAACUUGUUUGAAGGCCAGCGGUCGGUGACGCGCAUGGGCGGGAUGCUCUACGUCGUCUUGCCUUCGGAAAUAUCUACGAAAGCUCUGAAGAUCCUCGUGGAGUACAUGUACAAAGGUGAAACAACAGUGUCAAACGAAGUUUUAGACACUGUGUUAAAAGCAGGAGAAGUACUAAAGAUCAGAGGGCUUUGGAGACAGACUGAUGAUGGCAGUUCUGAAACUCCUGAGAAGGCAACUACUCAGACUAUCACUGCCACUAGUCUCGCCAAACCUGCUUUGGCAAAGAAACCUGAUGAGAUACCUAUACAACCUAAGAUAGCUGUUAAGAAAGAUGAUAAGUUACUUAAAGCCUUCAACCCUGGACAACCUGGUGCUAGACCAAUGUUCAUUGGGCCUCCAAAGCUAGUAUUUAUAAAGACAAGUGAAGGUGGUGCGCAAGCAGCAAUUAGGCCGGGAGCUCCUAAGGGGCAAACAAUCUUAGUUGCUCCAGCGCCUACUGCUGACGCAGUCGCAGUCGCAACCGCUACAACUACUGCAACUCCGGCCACAACCACCGUCACAGUAGCCACCACGACUGCCAGUGAGGAAUCGUCUGACGAACCAUUGACGCCUAGAAUCUUGAGAAGACAUACGGAGAGGAAAUACGGAAAGAGGCAAAAGACUGAAGUUAAAUCUGAUGAUGACGUGAAAGAUGGAGAGGAAACACAGGAUUCUGAAUCAUCAAAAAAGUCAGGUCAAAACUUGGAAAGCGAAGUACAAAUAAAAGAUGAGCCGGAAUGGGACGCCAGCAGUAUUGAAGAGGAGGAGAGGUCUAUCGCUGAAAUGUUCCAAGCUGAAAUGAGUGUUAAGAGCGAGCCUACUGACGAAGUCGACAUUGAAGAGGAAAGCUUGAUGUACUCCCCGCUGGCGUGCGAGCUGUGCGCGGAGGUGUUCACGGUGCCGGCCGCGUGGGUGCGCCACGUGCAGGCGCACGCGCGCUCCGACACCACGCACGCGCGCAAGCGGAAGCUGCGCUCCGCGAGUGACGACACGGAAGAAACAAUGGCCCUCCUUCGUUGCGACCUCUGUCAGAAACAUUUCCCGAACCCUGCCGAGUGGGUGCGACACAUACAGAGCACACACACUGAAUCAGAAUUGGCCAUAUCAAACAACAGUGCCCCACCAAAACGUCACAAUCGUUUCACAGAGGGCGCGCAAAACAAGAGUUGCACGCAAUGCAAGAAAACAUUCCCGUCGCACGCAUCGAUGCUCAUACAUAUGCGAACGCACACAGGUGAACGUCCAUUUGUGUGUGGACUCUGCAACAAAGGUUUCAACGUGAAGUCCAACUUGUUACGACACUUGCGCACAUUACACGACCAGCUGAUCAGUCCGAGCGGCGUGGAAGAUGCUGAGGAGGAGGAAGUAACACCGGGCCCUUCCGAGGUCAAGCGCGAGUCCUGA